GAGACUGCGCCCGGGCGCCGCCGCCGCCACCGCCACCGCCGCCACAGCGCGGCCAUGGUGAGCAUGUUCCCUUGGCGGGCCGCCGCCCGUCGCCGCCUCCUCCUGCCGCCCCCGGCGCUGGCGGCGGCGCGGCGCGGCCGCUCGGCGCUGCCCGCCGCCCUGCUGCGCCGCGGUGGCCUGGUGGGCGGCCGCUGGGUGGAGGCGGCCGCCGCCUUCCCCGUGCGGGACCCGGCCAGCGGCACCGAGCUGGGGCGCGUGGCCGACUGCGGCGCGGCCGAGGCGCGGGCGGCCGUGCGGGCCGCUAACGGCGCCGGCGCCGCCUGGAGCCGCCUGCCGGCCAAGGAGAGGAGCGCGCUGCUUCGCAAGUGGUAUGACUUGAUGAUUGAGAAUAAAGAUGACCUGGCUACGAUAAUAACAGCAGAGAAUGGAAAACCUCUGAAAGAAGCACAGGGUGAAGUCCUGUAUUCUGCCUCGUUUCUGGAAUGGUUUUCAGAAGAAGCUCGCCGAGUUUAUGGUGAUGUCAUUCCAGCAGCCGUGAAAGACAGAAGAAUCCUGGUGCUGAAACAGCCAGUAGGAGUGGCAGCUAUUAUAACACCGUGGAAUUUCCCCAGUGCUAUGAUUACCCGGAAGGUUGGUGCAGCUCUGGCAGCUGGCUGUACGGUAGUAGUGAAACCUGCAGAGGACACACCUUUUUCAGCGUUAGCUCUUGGAGAGCUUGCAAACCAGGCUGGAAUUCCAGCGGGAGUGUAUAAUGUUGUUCCAUGUUCCAGACAACAGGCACCAGCUGUAGGGGAAGUUUUGUGCACUGAUCCUUUGGUAGCCAAAAUAUCUUUUACUGGGUCCACUGCGACAGGAAAGAUACUGCUGAAACAUGCAGCUGGCACUGUGAAGCGAGUUUCCAUGGAGCUUGGAGGACAUGCUCCUUUUAUAGUGUUUGAUAGUGCCAAUGUGGACCGUGCUGUUGCAGGAGCCCUUGCUUCUAAAUACAGAAACUCAGGGCAGACCUGUGUUUGCACAAACCGUUUCCUGGUGCAAAAGGGGAUCCAUGACAAAUUUGUGGAGAAGUUUGCUAAAGCCAUAGAGAGCCAGCUACAUGUUGGAAAUGGAUUUGAUGCAAAAACUACCCAGGGGCCAUUGAUUAAUGAAAAAGCAGUGGAGAAGGUAGAGAGACACAUUAGUGAUGCAGUUUCUCAAGGAGCAUCCAUUGUGACUGGAGGGAAACGACACAGCUUGGGGAAGAACUUCUUUGAGCCAACAUUGCUUAGUAACGUUACAACAAAAAUGCUUUGCACCCAAGAAGAGACAUUUGGUCCUUUAGCACCAGUUAUCAAGUUUGAGACUGAGGAAGAAGCUAUUGCUAUAGCAAAUGCAGCCAAUGUGGGUUUAGCAGGGUAUUUCUACUCUCAAGAUCCAGCUCAGAUCUGGAGAGUUGCAGAGCAGCUGGAAGUUGGAAUGGUUGGUGUCAAUGAAGGCAUAAUCUCCUCAGUGGAGAGUCCUUUUGGUGGAGUAAAACAGUCUGGCUUAGGACGAGAGGGUUCAAAAUACGGCAUUGAUGAAUACCUAGAAAUAAAAUACGUCUGCUUUGGAGGCUUAUAAAAUUUUUCAAAAAGCAUAAUCCCCAAAAGCUUGGAGAAUAGUGCUGUAGUCUUAAUAAGAUUGUAGAGCCAGGAAUAUAUAUGAAUGCAGCUUUUACCUUCUGUAAAAAUAAGUAAUCCUGUUGUGUGAGUAUGUGUAGAGAUGUUUGCUAUAUUGUCUGCUGCCAUAUAUUUUUACACGUUUUAUGUUUAUACAUUCAGUAAUAUGAUCACCAUGUCUGUUAUGUCGUGUAAGGUGCACGGAAGAAUACACAUCUAUUAUUUUUGGAUUACCCCUGUGUAAGUGGGAAGGACUUGGAGACUUGCACAUAAUGAAAAUAGGUUAUCAGAAGUCACGUAAAGGAGGAAAUAGACCACCUUUUUCUGCUCUAACAUUUGAGUGUGUGUAAUGUGUGGGAAAUGCUGCGGAGGGUAGUCUCCCUUUAGAGUUUUGUGCAAAUAAUGACAUUUUCUAAUGCAGUUAUAUAACCCUUUUUUAGAAGCAGUGUUUUUGAUUUUGUUUUGUUAGUUCUUGGGAGAAUCUGAUGCUUAUGAAAGGUGGGGAAUUGCUUUUAGCUACAGCUAGGCAUCCUUGCAGGCAAACGCAUAGCUCUGUCAGUGCAUGUUAGCACUAACUACAGAGGUGUUCAGCUUUGGGCUUCUCCUCAAAGAGCUCUAACAGCAUGGAAGUUUGGGAUCAAACAGGGCCUUGGUUGGUAUGUACGUGUGCCCCAGCAGUCCCAGAAGAAUGGCAGUGCAGUACACAGAGUUGCUGCCUUAGUGAGCAGCAGGAGGAGGAGGGGAUGCUUAUUUGCAGGAAUAACUUGCAGAACUGCAAGGAGGCAUAAGGGCUGUCUGAAAACUCCCAAGUGGUGACAUAAUGAUAUACAUAAAUUCCCUUCUGUGAAAUGAAUGUGACUGUUCUUGGGCAGAAGGAAAGUCCUUGACAUAAAUGUUGCUCCCGUCUGAAGAAUGUUACUCUCCACUUCCAAAGAACAUAAGCAAUGGUUCCAUUUCUUUGGGCUUUGUGCCUUGAAUUGGGUUCAUUGUCAUUGUGGAUUGUCAUUCCAUGAGGGAAGAAGGUUUAAAAACCUUUAAACUUGGCUACUUUGUGGGCUAAUCAAGAUUUAAACAGAUGUGAUUAGAGGUGAGAUUUUUACACAUCACCUCAUUAUUUUAACUAUCCUCUUUAAAAGAGGAUAUAAAGUUUCCUUAAUGUGAAAUAAACAGCAGUGUUUAAACAUUGUUUCAAUAGAAGUCAAAAGAAGCACUUAAAAUGUCUUCCCCUUUACCCCUGCAAUGCUGGUUUAUCUACCAAAUUAACAUUGCACAUUUUUCUUUUUAUUUCCGGUGUUGGUUAACUUCUAUUUAGUGAGGCUUUACCAAUUAAAAAUAAAUAAAAGAAGGCAGGAGAGCCUAUACACUAAUGAAUGUACCCUAUGAAAUAGGCUAUUGUAAGACAGGAAAAAAAAAGUAGUUAGGCAAAAAGGUACCACCUAAGAUAAGAUGUAACAUGGCAGAGGAUGGGAAGCAAGCCAGAGUAGAGUUUCACAGGGAUUUUUAAAGCGCACAUAAGGUAGCAUUGACUGCUACUCAUUAUUUCUAAAUAUUUUUUAUGGUUAUGUUUGUGCAAUGCUUCAGACCUUUGUCAGUAAAAUGUCUGUGUGCAUCAUGCCAACCGAAGGGCAGGUAAAGGACACUUACUGUCUUUCCAGAAACUCUUAAUGUACUACAGCUGUGGAUUUAAGAUAGUGAGGAAUUAAUACUGUUAUCAGCUGCAGCAUAUGUGCUUGUUGACAGGAACAAAAAAAAUGGCCUAUUUCUGUACCAACUACACAAAAUUUUUCUUCUAGCCAACUUACAAAUUCACACUAUUGAGCACACAGGCUGCCUGAUUUGGGGAAUAUGAUGCCAUUUGGCAGCUUUAGCUGCUAAUACUUGUUUAUUUCUUACUGGAAAGAAUGAGUAGACAAAAAAAAGUAACUUGCUGCCUGGGUACCACAGUGCAGUAAUGCAGGCACUUGUGGAGACUGGUGGAAUAACUACAACUUAAAUUGCACAGACUUUAAUAUUAAAGUUACGUCAUUAACUGCUGUAUGACCGUACAGUCUUUAACAUAGGUGUACAUCUCAGGACAGUGAGGUUGCAGGAUAAGUUCUUUAGCCUGCCCCUUUAUUUGUUGCAAAACUAUUGAUCUGAUGCAUUGCUGCAUUUAACAGUGCCAUUCUCAGAAGAGACACCAAGAUUUUAAAAUUAGUGAGUAAAUGCUUACCUUUCUCCAGCACAAAAUACCUUUUACUACUCCUGAUAACAAGCACAAACCAUAAUCAGUGAUAACUUAUGAAAUAAACUUUAAAAAUAUCUUUGUCUAGAUUGGAUUAUGGUUGGAUUCCAGCAUAGUUUGCUUGUGUAGAUAAGGUCUACAUCAAGUAUGCACAGAAUAAUAUUAAGGUGUAUUCAUAACAAAAGCUGUGAUUCUUUAACAAAGGAUAUACUUGAAUUCUUAAACUUCAUUUUAUGUUAAGAUUAUAUUUGUGAUAGUCCAGCAAUUUCUGGAUAUUAAAACUGUGAUUGAAAAAUAUGUCAGUUAAUAAAUAACUUUUGUGAAAGCA